AGGUUCCCUUAUUUAUCUCGCGAGAUCUGACAAAAGCGGGACUGGCAGGGUCACGGACGUGAGCAGGUUCCCUUAUUUAUCUCGCGAGAUCUGACAAAGCGGGACUGGCAGGGUCACGGACGUGAGCAGGAAGAGGAAAAAGCAAAAUGGCGUUUGACGGAAAAUACGUUUUUGUAGUUGUUAUGGCGCCGUGUUCCUCAUUUCUGCGCACAGGUGCACAUAUAUGUCGUUUAAUUACUUAAACAUCGUUAAUAAAAGUAUGUAUUUGGACACGAUGGUCGGAGCGCACUUUAACGCUUUUCUUGCUAGCUCAGGUUGGCUAGUUAGCUUAGCUCGUUAGCGGCUAACAAAGAGAGGCGAAGGUCGCUUGGCAGUUAACAAGUGGGAGUGCAAAGUGUUGAGAUCGUGACAAAAUGCGAGAAAGAACGGCAGUAAAGCACGAGGAGGAAGUUUCUCCAACAAAAGAGGAGAAGCAGCGACAACAUGAAGGACUGGACGAUGUUUGCAAGAAGCAUCACUUUGUGUCGCACACAACAGCAGAUGUCCAGCUGCCACAUCAUUUUAAAGAGGAAGAUCCACAUCCCCCUACAGUGAAAGAGGAAGAGGAGAAACCACCACCCCCGCACAUCGAAGAGGAAGAGGAGGAGCUCUGGAUCACUCGGGAGGGAGAGUGUCUUCUAGGGCCACAGGAGGAGGAUGAUGAUGUCACCGAGUUUCCACUGACUGGUGUCCCCGUGAAGACUGAAGAGCGUGAAGAGAAACCACCUGAGUCCUCACAGCUUCAUCACAGUCCAAACCUCGGUCAUUCAGAAGGACUUCUACCUCAGCCGCAGUGUGAAGGCUAUAUUUUGAAGCAAGAGCAUCCACGGCCCCCCCACGUUAAAGAGGAAGGGGAGGAAUUCUGGAUAACGCAGGAAGCUGGUCUUACCAAAUUGCCGCUGACUGUUGUCUCUUUGAAGACUGAAGACGAUGAAGAGAAACCACAAGUAGACAACCUCUUAGCUCCACUAUCAGAUAGUGAGGCUGAAGACGACGUUGAAGAACAUUUGAGCAGCGACACAGACUGUGAAGGUGAUAUGAGGACUCACACUGACAACAAACCCUCACGGUUCUCCAAAAAGAAGAGGGGCAAAACACAUUUCAGCUGCUCAGUUUGUGCUAAAAGCUUUUCCAAAAAGAACUCUUUGACUCAACAUAUGAGAACACACACGGGAGAAAAAAUGUUUAGUUGUUCAUUUUGUGGUAAAGCAUUUUCUCAUGAGAUUUAUUUGACCAGACACAUGAGAACGCACACAGGCGAAAAACCAUUUAAGUGUUCAGUUUGCGGUAAAUCUUUUUCCCAAAAGGCCAACUUGAAUUCACACAUGAGAACACACACAGGGGAGAAACUAUGCAUUUGUUCAAUUUGUGGUAAAGGUAUGUCUCGUAUGACACAUUUGACAGUGCACAUGAGAACACACACUGGAGAGAAACCGUUUAAUUGUUCAGUUUGCGGUCGAAAUUUUUCUUUGAAAGCCCAUUUGACAGGACACAUGAGAACGCACACAGAAGAGAAAUCAUUCAAUUGCUCAGUUUGUGGUAAGUUUUUUUCCCAAAAGGCCCAUUUGACAGGACACAUGGAAAUACAUAAAGGAGGGAAAAAAUUUAUUUGUUCGGUUUGCGGUCAAAAUUUUUCUCGUAAGAUCUAUUUGACCAGACACAUGAGAACACAUAAUGGAGAGAAGCCAUUUAAAUGUUCCGUUUGUGGUUCAAAUUUUUCUCAAAAGGCCAAUUUGAAUGCACACAUGAGAACACACACAGGAGAGAAACCAUGGAUUUGUUCAAUUUGCGGCAAACAUAUGUCUCGAAAGACAUAUUUGACAGUACACAUGAGAACACACACAGGAGAAAAACCUUUUAAUUGCUCAGUUUGCGGUCAACAGUUUUCUUCUAAAGCACAUCUGACAGGACACUUGAGAACGCACUCAGGAGAUAAACCAUUUAAUUGUUCAGUUUGCAUUCAAACUUUCUCUCAAAGGCCACAUUUGACAGCACACAUGAGAACGCACACAGGAGAGAAACCGUUUGAUUGUUCAGUUUGCGGUCAAACGUUUUCCCAAAAGUCUAAUUUGGCAGGACACGUGAGAACACACACGGGGGAGAAACCCUUUAACUGUUCAAUUUGUUGGAAAACCUUUUCAUCCAGGCAAGUUUUAAAACAACACACCAUUAAGCACACUGCGGAAAAAAACAUUUAGUUGGCUCGCAUACGACGUCACAUCUAUCUUUCUUGGUCACUGCUUGAAGGGGAACAUUAUCAGCAGACCUAUGUAAGCGUCAAUAUAUACCUUGAUGGUGCAGAAAAAAGACCAUCUAUUUUUUUAACCGAUUUCCGAACUCUAAAUGGGUGAAUUUUGGCGAAUUAAACGCCUUUCUGUUUAUCGCGCUGGAGGCGAUGACGUCAGAAUGUGACGUCGCCGAGGUAACACACCCGCCAUUUUCAUUUUCAACACAUUACAAACACCGAGUCUCAGCUCUAUUUUUUGGAACCUUGGAGACAUCAUGCCUCGUCGGUGUGUUGUCGGAGGGUGUAACAAAACUAACAGGGAGGGAUUCAAGUUGCACCACUGGCCCCAUGAUGCAAAAGUGUCUGCCACCAGACCCCCAUUGAAUGUGCCAGAGUGUCUCCACAUUUGACCGGCGAUGCUAAGGCAGACAUGGCACAGAGAUGUAUGGAUAACCUGCAGAUGUAUUUGCAACGAUAGUCAACGAAAUCACAAAGGUGAGUUUUGUUGAUGUUGACUGCCAGCUAAUCGAUGCUAACAUGCUACGCUAAUCGAUGCUAACAUGCUAUUUACCGGCGGUGCUAAAGCAGACAUGGCACAGAGAUGUAUGGAUAACCUGCAGAUGCAUUUGCAACUAUAUUACGUUUCCUUCCACCCACAUUUAAUGCGAAACAAACACUUACCAAUCGACGGAUUUAAGUUGCUCCAGUGUCAAAAGAUGCGAAAGUCCUGAUCGUUUGGUCCGCACAUUUUACCGGCGAUGCUAACGCAGCUAUUCGGCCAUGCUAAGGCUAUGAAUAGCGUCAAUAGCUAUUCGCUCAAUAGCUUCAGUUUCUUCUUCAAUACUUUCAUACUCCAACCAUCUGUUUCAAUACAUGCGUAAUCUGUUGAAUCGCUUAAGUCGCUGAAAUCCGAGUUUGAAUCCGGGCUAAUGUCACUAUAUCUUGCUGUGGUAUUCCCAUUGUUUGUUUACAUUGGCAGCACUGUGUGACGUCACAGGGAAAUGGCCAGUGUCUUCGCAGAGAGCGAAAAUAAGGCACUUUAAAGCUUUAUUUAGGGAUAUUCCGACACCGGUAAAAUUUUGAAAAAAACUUCAAAAAAUACAACAAGCCACUGGGAACUGAUUUUUAUUGUUUUUAACCCUUUUGAAAUUGUGAUAAUGUUCCCCUUUAAUUCACGUGAUGGUCAACCAGCUUGAGUGUAGCAUUAAAACGAGUAAGAGUGAGUUUACAGUUUGAGUACCAACAUAAAAAGCAAUAUUACUGUUCUGUUCUCGGGUCUUCCAGUCAUUCCAAAAGAGAUGUAGGAAAGAGCUUUCAUAGAGUCCUGAAAGAAGUGGUUAGACCGAAUUUGAAGUGUCGCCCUAUUAUUGUGGAGCCUUAUGUUUGUGACUGGCAUAAGAAAAUACUUUACAUAUUUUGAAUAAAUUGUCUGAUUUA